UUGCUAUUCACAACUGUUCAUAGUACUUAGGUAUUCAUAUUCAACAAUACUAAUAGCCAAGCUUGGCGCAGCCGACAUGUGAAUACAGACAGGUACGUGUGUAUGUAUUGAAGACAAGCGAAUGAUAAUGACCAGACAUGUGAUCUGGACUAUACAACUUUGAACACAGGUAUACCGGGUUACAAUAGCGCAGCGCUGCCUGGUCUGGAUUGAAUAUAAGGCGGCUGGGAGAAAUCUGAUUGUCUUUCACUCUUCAAUCAUCAGUCUUCUACAGCUUUUUUGUCAUUCCCUCUCGUCUUCUCUCUUGGGCUCUUUCAGUUUAGUCGAAUGCCUUUGGAUGAUCAUCCUCCUCUUGUUCCAACACCUCGAAGUCACUUUGUUACUCAGACAAGAAGUAUCUUGAUUCCUUUGCAACGGCAAGCUCAGUUGGAAAGGUCUUGGGAUCGAUCACAUUAUCAACAAGAAAGAAAGCAAGAAAGAAAGAAAGACAAGUCUCGUAAAAUCCAAGCCUGGUGCUUGCAAGAUCUUGAUCUUGAUCAUCUCAUCAACAAGAAAGUGAAAAGAAAAGGAAACAGAGGAAAGAAAGCUGGUACUUUGGCUUUUUGACUGCUUCUCGAUCCAGAUCAAGAGUUCAUAGCAUCUGAGAGACAAGACAAGAACGAAGAAGUCAAGCAAGACAAGAGGAAACAAAAGCAAGCCCACCUCACUCAAAAAGAAGACAAGCAAAGAGAAAGAAACACGCCCAUCUCAGUCAAACAGAAGACGAAGACAAAAAUGUCUCGCCAACUCAACCUCCACCUUCUUCGCAAAAGCGACACUGUCGAUUUGAAAGCACGAACUCUGGGCCUCGCCGGCAGGGGCAUACACAAACACAAACAAACUCCCAGACACACUGGCAGAAUCACCACCAAUAUAACCGCCGAUACAGGUAGCACCACCACUGACUCCAAACCCACAUCCACCCAGCUAUCCCGGCACCGAGUCCGAUCCCAACUUUCGCAGCGCAUGAAAUGGGCAACCAUCACCGAAACCGCCACCGGAAUCGACCCAGACACCAUCCCAGAAACAAUCCCAACACUCAGACACGCAGUCCGUGAAGAAUCACUAUAUUCAUCUCUCCGUGAUGAACCUGACACUCCCACUCCCACAACCUCUACCAACACCACAGACACUCCCGGUUCUCCUACCCGACCACCUUGGGACGAGAAUCCCAGUACCGCCGAACCAGCAAAAUACCUCAACACCGCCCGCCGGACCUUUAUUCGCCGUACCCUCGCCCAGGGCCCAAUUUCCACAACUACAUCCUCCGGAAUCAAAGAAUUAUCAACCUCCUACGAACGAAUCGCAUAUAUCGAACACCACACCUCCCUUACCACCGGCCACUUAUUACCCCCUCGCCCUGAUUUCUUCUUUUCAGUCGGCGAACCCGACCCCACACGAACCCAUUGGACGGACCGAUCACCGCCGCCGAGACAUGAAGCCGUUCCGGAAUGGUACAAGGGGGAAACAUCCACGAUCAAAACGGCUCAAGAUUGGAAAAAGGCAGGGGAGACGGUGAGGGGGAAUCCAAAAUUGAUUUGGAAGAAGUUCGUUAAGAAGAGGGUUGUGAAAAGACUCAAAACGGAAAUGGCUUUGGAAUCCAGUAGGUCGAGGGCUGGUUCGGCUUCGCCUUCGCGGUCGGGGUCGGGAUCUGGUUCUGGCUCGGGCGUAACUCGGAGACUCACUCCCGGUUCACCGGGAUUGAUGACUGCUAUGCGGAGACUCGAGGAGGCCAAGGCGCUGAAAGAGUCGUUGAAACGGGCGCGGUGAAGAUGAGACAACAGCAGCACUGGCAAAUGAUCUCCCGACCAGGAGAAACGACAAAACUUCCCAAAGGAGAAUUGAAGGAAGUCGUGGUUGAUGACGAAUGAGAAACAAACUCCCCAAGACGAGGGUUGGAGGGAUAACUCCUGGUUCACGGCGAUUGAGAAAUCAUCCCUCAACAAGGAGAGAGAAUUGAAUGGAAUAACCAACCAGGUUCAUGACGACAAACCAAAACCCUCAAGACGAAACUUGAAGGGAUAUGAACCCUACCUGGUUCAUGACGGGUGAGAAAUCGUCCUUCAACGAGGAGAAAGGAGAAUUGAAAGGGAGAACCUACUUGUUUCAUGUCACGCAGUGGGGAAAUUGGAAAUGCUUUUUUUUUCCAUGAAAUACAGCAACAGCACGCCAUGAAGUCUUGAUGGAUGGGUAAAGUUCUUCCUCUUGCUGCAAAGUUGUGCCGACUCGACAGGAUUUCAAAGGACAAGAGGGGACAAUAGCUCUCAGCAGACUCGACGUCACCCCCAUCACAGGCCUAUAUAGAUAUUGGUCUUCAGGUUUCUGCACACGCCACUGGCGGUCGAGGUUGCGACUCAAGUUGGGAUUCAAGUUGACAGGAAAUGGAAUGGUCAACUUGGAGAGAGGCAAUGGCUCCCAAGAGACACGACAUUGCCAAUGCCCCAUCAUGGGCCCAUAUGGACGUGGUUGGUCUUCAACUUUCCGCACACCGCACUGGCAGUCGCGGUCGAGGAUCAAGUUGGACCCCAACAAAGUUUAAGUUAACAGGAAAUGGUUCAAAUGAACGAUCCAAAAAAAAGAAUCGGAAAAAGAUGCUUGCAAACAAUUACUAGGAACUGUACCUAGUAGCUACACAUCUUCUUCCUGAUUCUCUUCUCUUCUCCUCUCG